AUGAAAUCCAAACGAUCUCCCUUGCGGGUCUCUCUACACCCUCGCAUCAAUUACAACUACAACACCAGCCAUCUAUACAGAGCCAAAUCAACCUCAGUAGAAAAACAUCAUGUCCUCCCCCCGCACUCCCUUCUCCCCACAAAAAUGCUCUGGCGAUCACUUCUCGUCGCCACGAUAUCCUCCCACCCACGCCUUCUCUCAACCUCUCUAUCAUUACUUACCCACAUCACACAUCCUCGAUUCUUUUUACUAGACGUGAAUAAGAAUCCAAUCUUGAGAAGCAUUCUGAAAACCACAUUCUACAACCAUUUCUGCGCAGGCGAGAAUGGGCGAGAAGUCACCGCCACUAUCGGGAGAAUCAAAGAUAUGGGGUUUAGGGGUGUGAUUCUGACGUAUGCGAAGGAAGUUGUUGAUGCUGAUGAAACAGCGAAAGAGGGCAUUCAAAGCGAAAAAGAAAGCUUGAAUACCGAGAUUGAGGCAUGGAGACAGGGUGUGCUGCAGACUGUUGAGAUGGUUGGUGAUGGUGACUUUUUGGCGCUCAAAUUCACCGGGGCAGGCCCCCUCGCCACACAAGCACUCGCAUCCAACAAACCCCUCCCAGGCCAAAUGAUGUCUGCACUGAGGGAAAUCUGCACUCGCGCCAUCCAACGCAACGCACGCAUCUUCAUCGACGCAGAGCAAACAUCCGUCCAGCCGGGCAUUGACGCCGUCGCUCUAGAUCUCAUGCGAUUAUACAACCGAGACGGAGCAGCAACGGUCUACAAUACGUACCAAGCAUAUCUCAAAUCCACACCAUCCAACCUCCUCUCUCACUUCGACAUUGCAGAGAAGGAGGGGUUCACGAUAGGCGUGAAACUCGUCCGAGGAGCGUACAUCAACUCCGAACCGCGGAGAUUAAUCAACGAUACGAAAUCCGAUACCGAUGAUUCGUAUAAUUCCAUCGCGGGAGGAAUUCUCACACGCCAAUAUGGGCCAUUCGGUCGUGAGAGAGCAUUCCCUCCUACAGAUCUCUUUCUAGCAACGCAUAAUAAAGAAAGCGCACUCACUGCACACGAACUCUAUCAACACCGCUUGUCCACCAGGGAACCAACGACCAAAGUGCAAUACGGCCAGUUAAUGGGCAUGGCAGACGAAGUGAGCUGUCGAUUACUGCAGUUGAAGAGUGACGGGAAAGCCUCGCCGGAAGUGUAUAAAUGCCUCAGCUGGGGGACGCUGAGUGAUUGUCUUGCAUACCUGACGAGGAGAGCCGUUGAGAAUCGGGAUGCGGUGGGGAGGAGUAAACAGGAAUAUACUGCUCUUAAGACGGAGGUGAAGAGGAGAAUUAUGAGUUAUUUCAAAUCAUAG